AGGUAGUUUAGCUGUCUGUGCUUCAGUCACCAGGGAGCUGAGAUUUCUGCCUGCUGCUUUGCUGUGGAUAAAUACCAGCAACUUGGAGUUGUUCCUCAGAAGGAGAUGGGAGAUAUAGAAGGGACCCAGCUUUGACCCAUUGCCCUGAAGUUGGGGGCUGACAAGGAUUUCAACAGGACCCUGUCCAAAAAGCAUCCCUGAGUAUGCAAGGAUAUUUCCCACCUCCUUUUAAAUAGGGGAGGGAAAACAUUGAAAAUCUCUUUAUCUCUUUCCCUGCAGUUCUGAGGACUUCAGCUUUUCUUAACCAAGUGCUGUUUGCCAACACUUGCUCUUGAAACAGAAAGACAAGAUGCAUGCCGUUUUUAUUCAUUCUGGAACCCGAAGACAAUUUAGGGAAAAAUAAAAGUGUAGAAAGAAACAGUAUCUCAACAAACCAUCAACAGCUCUCAGAAGAACUGUAGGGAUAGUCUCAGGCUAAUUUCCCCAGAAAUAAAUAAUCCAAUUUUCUUGCCUCUGUGUAAAUAAAGAGUAAGCCUCUAAAAGGAAACCUUAUGGAGCAGAUCUCAACUCACUGCUGAAUACCAUUGGAGAAGAAGCUGAGAAUUAACAACAACAUGGAAAAUGAGGAAGGUAUCAUUCUGCGCCCUACCAAGAGCAGCCCACCAUUCUCUAAGAACACAAGCCAUGGCGAGACCUACAAGGGGAAUUCCACCUUCUCCCCCUACUAUCAACAUUCUUCUCCAGUAGCGUCCAUGUUCAUUGUUGCCUAUGCCUUUAUCUUUUUCAUGUGCAUGAUUGGCAACAUGUUGGUGUGCUUCAUUGUGCUAAAGAAUCGGCAGAUGCGAACAGUCACCAACUUCUUUAUCCUCAACCUAGCGAUCAGCGAUGUCUUGGUGGGGAUUUUUUGCAUGCCAACCACACUGGUGGACAACCUGAUUACAGGCUGGCCAUUUGAUACUUUUAUGUGUAAGAUGAGUGGGUUGGUCCAAGGUAUGUCUGUCUCAGCUUCCGUGUUCACCCUGGUGGCCAUCGCAGUAGAGAGGUUCCGCUGCAUUGUGUAUCCUUUCAGACAAAAACUAACUCUACAGGUAGCUCUGAUCAUCAUAACCAUCAUUUGGGUCUCAGCCUUAAUCAUAAUGUGCCCCUCCGCAGUUACCUUGACUGUCACCCGAGAUGAAAACCACUUCAUGCUGGAUGCUUAUAACAACUCCUACCCUUUUUACUCCUGCUGGGAAGCAUGGCCAGACCCAAAAAUGCGCAAGAUUUAUACCACUGUCCUUUUCUCACACAUUUAUCUUGCUCCUCUCAUUGCAAUUGUGAUCAUGUAUGCUCGGAUUGCCUUCAAACUCUUCAAGUCCUCUGUGCCUAUAAGAGGCUCCCAGUUAGAGGACAGCGAAGGAAGAAGGAUCUCUAAGAGGAAAAUAAAAGUUAUCAAUAUGCUGUUUAUUGUGGCAUUGUUCUUCAGUCUCUCUUGGCUGCCCCUUUGGACUUUAAUGCUGCUGACCGAUUAUGGGAACCUGACUGACCAUCAGCUCAGCCUCAUCACGGUUUAUUUUUUCCCAUUUGCCCACUGGCUGGCUUUCUUUAACAGUAGUAUCAAUCCAAUCAUCUAUGGUUACUUCAAUGAAAACUUCCGGAGAGGAUUCCAAGCUGCCUUCAAAAUCCAGUUUUGCUCGGCAGAAAAGGAACAUCAAGAAACAUAUUCUGAUCGUAACCACAGUCGAUUUCAUUUUAGAGCACGCAAUCGGAUAUUCGUUGAAGUUCAAGGCUCUGAUUUGGUGGAGCCCUCUGAUUCUGGAGAAAGCAGUGUUUUGAAAGCAGGAUUGUUUCUUGCCAAAAAUGGGCAGGCAGUUCACCGUGGGCUGAAGGUAGAGGAUUUGGACAGUAAAAGCUGCUCUCCCAAAACUGUUAGCAUCGCUGCUUGUGACAUCUGAGCAUAUUUCAAACUUCUUUGAAAUGAUGAGUUGACUUUACUAGAUGUGAGAUAUUUUCAGAAUACUGUGGUAUCUCUGUACUCAUAGUUAAUAGGUUCUGGCAGGCACAAUGAGUACCAAAAAUGAUGAGAACGAAAUAAAAUUUUCACAUAAGGAAUAAUAAUAAGUGUGUUACAAGGCAGCCAACACCAACAAGUUCUGGCUUGUGUGUUGAGUAUCAAACAAAUAAUGAGUAUCAGGGAAAAAAAUUUUGCGUCAAAAUACAUUGAGUACCAAAUUUGAUGAGUUUCAAAGCAGUUGAAGUACCAAGAUACCACUGUAUGUUCAUAGCUGUUUCAGAAACAUGCUUUAAGCAAACUAUGAAGAUCAAAUACUUUACCAUUGUUGAUACUAAGGAAAGGAUGUGAGGUGUGGGAGAUGUUCCCAUCUUCAAAUCCCCACUUUUGGUUGCAUAAUAUGGGACAGAUGAAUGCUUCUAAUGUGUUCCAGUCUACCGUAACAUCUUUCCCCUUCCUGCCUCUGUUUUAAGGAAAAUCAGGUAUAGUUGGAGGAGGAAGGUUGUGGUGAAUAUACAUUGAUAAUGCAAAUACCUCAUCCAAUG